AAGAAUUCAUUUGCGGGAAAUGUCAUGCUUGGUGAGUGGAGUCCUGCCGAAGAUGUCCACUUGCUUGAGGUGAUCAAGAAGCACAACACACGAAAGUGGGCUUUUAUAGCAACUAAAAUGACCUCACGCACUGACCACAUGAUAAAGGAGCGCUACCAGAGGCUCUGUAGAACCUUCGGUACAAGUGACAUUGAUGAACUAAAGACGCUGGCAGAAUCCAGGAAAAAGACACGAUGCAGUCCAAGACAAACCACACAGCAGCGGAGGCUGGCAAUCCUCAAAGAGGUGGAUGAAAUGGCUAAGGACAAGGAUCCGAAUAUGACGGCUGCUCAAAAGUGUGACUGGCUUUAUGAGCACCUGUUAUCACAUAAUUUGGUUGAAAUCAACGACGACGAGAUGUCCUCAGAGACUAAGAAGUCCAGAAAGAACAGAAAGCGAGCCAGAGCAAAGAGCCCAAGGCAAGCUGUUAACAAACGGAAAAAAUCCAUGCACGUGGAAGAACAUUGGGAAAGUACACCUCCAAUGGACACUAGCCGAAGCAAAGCGAGAGAGUGUCUAGCUGUUAACAAUGGCUCUUUCCUCCUGGCACCAUGUUAUGAGGCAGCAGAAAAGGCCAUCCAAUCAAGUCUAUGGGUAGAACAUGGAGAACUCAAUGAUGAACAAGAAAUAGAAGGUCACAAUAGUGGUGAUGAGCAGGAAGAAGUCGAUGAGGAAACGGAUGUAUGGGAGGAAAUGGAAGUGGAGGAAGAGGAGGUAGAAGAAACUGAUGGGAAAGAGGAGGAAGUAGGGGAUGAAGAGACAGAUGAGGAAGAGGAGGAGGCAGAGGAUGAAGACAUGGAAGAGGAAAAUGAAGGCUGUGAAAAAGAGGAGCACGACCAGUGGAGGUGUGCGGUUCUAGAAGCGAUAAAGAAAAAAGGGACAGAGCCAAUGUACUACUGGUCGGGGGCGGUCCUCCGGAACGACGACGGGGCCUGUGAGCCAGGGCACAUGGAAGAUGAUCGGCAGAGAUUGCUGCUCUUUCUUCAGCAAAAUGAGAAGGAACGGGGUGAAAGUUAAAUAUUUCGAUCGAGAAUAGAUUCGCAA